AUGCUCAACCCGGGCAUUUCUCUUCUCUCUCUCUCUCUCUCUCUCUCUCUCUCUCUUUGUUGUCUAUUUUACUUCGUCGUUGUCAGCGACUUACGUGCUCCGAGGCGCGCGGGCAAGUCGUUCUGUUCAAAUCUAUCUAUCUAUCUGUUCAUAUGUUUGUCUGAUCAUAUCUAUCUAUGCAGGAGUAUUUUCACAUAUCUAUCUAUCUAUCUAUCUAUCUAUCUAUCUAUCAGUCUGUUCACAUAUCUGUCUGUUCAUAUCUAUCUAUGUAUGAGUAUUUUCACAUAUCUAUCUAUCUAUCUAUCUAUCUAUCUAUCUAUCUAUCUAUCUAUGAAUCUGUUCAUAUAUCUAUCUGAUCAUAUCUAUUUCUCUAUCUAUGUAGGAGUAUUUUCAUAUAUCUAUCUAUCUAUCUAUCUAUCUAUGAAUCUGUUCAUAUAUCUAUCUGAUCAUAUCUAUGUAGGAUUAUUUUCACAUAUCUAUCUAUCUAUCUAUCUAUCUAUCUAUCUAUCUAUGAGGGUAUUUUCACAUAUCUACCAAUCGAUCUAUCUAUCUAUCUAUCUGUUUAUAUAUCUGUCUGAUCAUAUCUAUGUAGAAGUAUUUUCAUGUAUCUAUCUAUCUAUCUAUCUAUCUAUUUAUGAGUCUGCCGGUAAAUGUUGUUUAAUACUGUUCUGUUCAUAUAUCUAUCUGAUCAUAUCUAUCUAUCUAUGUAGGAGUAUUUUCACAUAUCUAUCUAUCUAUCUAAACAUAUGA